AUGAUGGCAUCAGAACAGAGUUCAGAGACUUCCCUCAUCGACAAGACCUUCCAGAUGAGGAAGGAGGUUGAAGCCCGGAAGGUCGUCUUGGCCUGGGGCCUCCUUAAUGUAUCUGUUGCAGGCAUGAUAUAUACUGAAAUGACUGGGAAACUCAUCAGCUCCUACUACAACAUCACAUACUGGCUACUGUGGUAUAUUGAACUUGCCUUUGCAUCUCUGUUCAGCCUGAAUGCCUUGUUUGAUUUCUGGAUGUACUUCAAAUACACAGUGGCACCAACAGCCUUGGUCAUGAGUCCUGGCCAGAAGAGACUGCUGGGCUUGCAGAAUGCAGCUGUACAAACAAGUCCACCACGUGCACUGGCAGCAAAGAAAGACCCAUCUUCAACACCUUCUCCUCCAAUCCAGGGUCAAAGUGUGCUCAGUUACAGCCCAUCCCGCUCCCCUAGUGCCAGUCCAAAGUUUACUACUGGUUGUAUCACAGGCUACAGCCCUCAGCUACAGGCUCUGUCAAGCAACAGCAGUUCUUACAGCAGUUUAACCUAUUCACCAGGCAGCAGCUACACUAAGGUUUCUGGCUUCAGCCCCUCUCCAACUGGAUCUAUGUACCCCACGAGUAUUGGGCCAGUGGAAGGGGGGGGCCGCUCUUCACCUGUCUUCUAUAAUUCUCCUUCUGGCAAAGAAGACUACAUGACAGACCUCAAAUCCCUGGAUACCUUCCUUCGAGGUGAAGAAGAGAAGCAGCAGAGGGUUCAGCUAGGAAGUUCAGAUUCCAGCUCUCCUUCCAGCAGCCCAACUUUCUGGAACUACAGCCGUUCCAUGGCAGACUAUGCACAGAUGCUGAGGAAGUUCCAGUAUCAGCUGGCUUGCAGGUCCCAGGCUCCGUCAGCACACAAGGACGAAGCUGAUCUGAGCUCAAAGCAGGCUGCAGAAGAGGUUUGGGCACGGCUGACAAUGAACCGACAGCUCCUUGAUCACAUGGAUUCCUGGACUGCCAAGUUCAGAAACUGGAUUAAUGAGACUAUUCUAGUGCCACUUGUCCAAGAGAUCGACUCUGUGAGCACUCAGCUGAGAAGAAUGGGGUGUCCAGAGCUGCAGAUCGGAGAAGCCAGCAUCAGCAGCCUGAAGCAGGCAGCACUUGUUAAAGCUCCUCUCAUUCCAACCCUGAAUGCUAUUGUGCAGUAUCUGGAUCUUACACCAAACCAGGAGUACUUGGUGGAAAGGAUCAAAGAGCUGUCCCAAGGAGGAUGCAUGAGUUCAUUCCGAUGGAACAGGGGAGGGGAUUUCAAGGGCAGGAAGUGGGACACAGACCUGCCCACGGACUCCUCUAUCAUUAUGCACGUGUUCUGCACUUACCUCGACUCCAGGCUCCCGCCUCACCCCAAGUAUCCCGACGGCAAAACCUUCACUUCCCAGCACUUCCUUCAGACUCCGGAUAAACCAGACACUUCAAAUGAGAACGUCUUCUGCAUCUACCAGAGCAGCAUCAACCCACCUCACUACGAGCUCAUCUACCAGCGCCAGGCUCACAACCUGCCCAAGGGCAGGAACAACAUGUUCCACACCUUGCUGAUGUUCCUGUAUAUCAUAAAGACGAAAGAAUCUGGGAUGCUGGGGCGUGUGAACCUGGGAUUAUCAGGAGUCAACGUCCUGUGGAUCUUUGGAGAGUAA